AUGAGCAGUGAACCUCAAGCGAAACGUACAAAAAUGAGUGCACUAGACCAACUUAAAAAAUAUUCCACGGUUGUGGCUGAUACUGGGGAUUUUGAAGCUAUGAAGGCAUAUAAACCGACAGAUGCAACUACAAAUCCAAGUCUUAUUUUGUCAGCUGCUGGCAUGGAGCAAUACCAGCAUUUGCUUGACAAAGCUAUUAAGUAUGGCAAGGACUGUGGUGGAACUAUUGAAGAACAAUUAGCUGAAACAUUAGACAUGUUAAGUGUUUUGUUUGGGUGUGAAAUCCUUAAAAUUAUACCCGGAAGAGUAUCUGUCGAGGUUGAUGCAAGAUUGUCGUUUGACAAAGAUGCCAGUAUGGCUAAGGCAAUCAAACUUAUCACUAUGUUUGCUGAGCAUGGUAUUAAAAAGGAAAGGAUUUUAAUCAAAUUGGCAUCAACUUGGGAAGGCAUUCAGGCUGCUAAGGAACUUGAGAAGAAACAUGGAAUUCACUGUAAUUUAACUUUACUUUUUUCUUUGUAUCAAGCAAUUGCUUGUGCUGAGGCUAAUGUUACUUUGAUAUCUCCAUUUGUUGGGAGAAUCUUAGAUUGGUAUGUUGAACAUACAAAACAAACAUAUGAGGGAAAGGAUGAUCCAGGUGUAAUAUCUGUCACUCGUGUAUUUAACUAUUACAAGAAAUUUGGGUACAAGACACAAGUAAUGGGUGCCUCUUUCCGUAACACUGGAGAAAUAAGAGAAUUGGCCGGUUGUGAUUUACUAACUAUUAGCCCAAAACUGCUACAAGAGCUUGCUAAUAGCGAACAACCUCUUAAAAAGGCACUGGAUCCGAAAAUUGCGGAGCAAUCUGACAUUGAAAAAAUAUCGUUGACCGAAUCUCAAUUCCGUUGGCAUAUGAAUGAAGAUCAGAUGGCUACUGACAAGUUGUCUGACGGUAUAAGAAAAUUUGCAGCAGAUACUAGAAAGUUGGAGUCUCUCAUUAAGUCUAUGCUCGCAAAGAAGUGAAAGAAUAAAAGCCUAAGGCGUCAUGUACACAAAUCAAAAUAGGUUUCAAGUUAUUACACAAAUUAAAUUGCAAUUUUUCAAAAUGAAGUGACAUAUUGUUGGUGUAUUUUAAUCAUACUGUUGUAACAGUUAUUUAUAUAAAGUUUAUUAGAAUAUAAGAAA